GAUAUGCGAGAGGAGUACUAUGCUUGUUGAAAUUAAAGGCAGAGAAGCAAUGACUCCAGGGUGCGUCAAGUGGAGUCUCCCUCAAUUCACAAAAGAAUUGCAGAAAAUGCAAGUUGAUGACAUAGAGAUUGAUAAUGCAGUUGUCGACAACAAUAGAAGCAAACAUGGCAAGGAAAACAGUGACGAUGACUUUGAGAACCCUCCAUCAAAGCAUGCUGCUACUGCACAGGCAAAGGGGCAGAAAAGACAAAGAGAAGAAAAGAAGGCCACAGUAGCUGCCAAAAAACCAGCCAAAAAGCGGGUGGCCGAAAAGAGAGCAAAAAGUAAAGAAAAUAAGAUCUCGAAUGAGGGUGCUACUGCACCAGCUGAAAAGGAAAAACGUAGAAAUGAAGAAGAGACAGCUGAUAAUGAAUCAGAAGGUUUUGAAGAUGAACAUGAAGACAUGACAUUAAGAGAUUGGGUGGAUAUGAACAGCAUGAAUUUUGCGAAAAAGAUUGACGAGAAUAAAGGAGAGGAAGGGAUGCAAACAAAAACCACAAGUGGAGUAAAUGUCAAUGAUAUGGAUUUGGGUGCAACUGAGGAAGAAGAGGAUGCUGCAGAUGGUAUUAGAGAUGACUUUAGCUUUGACACUGGAUUUGGGGGGCAGGAAAAUGAAACAAACUUUGUCGAUCAGGAUCGGGAUGGAACUGAAGGAGGAGAACCAGAUCAAAUGGAAAGGAAUGAAAAAGCUGCUACUGAGGCUGAUGAUGUUGAAAGGAACGACAAAGCUGCUACUGAGGCCGAUGCUACUGAGGCUGAUGAUGUUGAAAGGAACAAAAAAGCUGAUACUGAGGCCGAUGCUACUGAGGCUGAUGAUGUUGAAAGGAACAAAAAAGCUGCUACUGAGGCCGAUGCAAAUUUUAUGGAUCAAACCCUGAAAAAUAUUACAGAAGAGAUUGUGAAUGAAGCUGCAAGGAAAGAAAAAGCUGCUACUGAGGCCGAUGAAGCUGCAAGGAACGACAAAGCUGCUACUGAGGCUGGUGCAAAUAUUGCUGAUCAAAUCUUGCACAACAUUGUAGAAGAGAUUGUGAAUGAAGAGUACAAGAGCAGGAAUGAUCCAGUUUGGUUCGAUGAAUGGGAAGCCUUGUUGCAAAGUGAGUACGAUGAAUUUGGCUAUCCAAGCACUGAUGAAGAGCAGAUCAAUACAGUGGAGCAUUGGCAAGAUGUAGCAAUGCUGAAACAAGAUAUGGCGGGAAGUGCUAUCGAGAGCUGCAAGAGGAAGCAAGCUUAUAUAGAGAGAUUGUGGGAUGAAAAAGAAGAAGUGUCAAAAAAAUACACAAAGUUGAAGACAAAGUUGAAGAAGAAGCAAGAAGAGCUUAGAAAAUGGAGAAACAAAUGCAAACAACUAAUGAUGAUAGUGCAAAGGGUAGAAAAAGAUGAAGAGGCCAAUGAAGAUGUUGCUGCUACUGCUGCUCCUGCUGCUGUUGCUGCUCCUGCUGCUGUUCCUGCUCAUGCUACUGCUCCUGCUGCUGUUCCUGCUCAUUCUACUGCUCCUGCUGCUGUUCCUGCUCAUGCUACUGCUCCAACAAAUGAACCAAGGACACGAUCAGCGAUAAAGAGAAUCAAAGAAAGAACCGAUCGGAAAGAGAAGCAACUAGAAGGUUUUGAGGUGCAGAAACCAUCAAAGAAACAGAGGAAGAAGAGCAAUUAAAGGACUUAACAAACAUAUUAGUAGUCUAUUUUGGUGCACCAAUCGUAUAGGAUUCGGUGUUAAGUCAGUCAUCCAAAUUAGUAUAUAUUUGUAGAUUUGGUGUUAGUAUAUAUUUGUAUAUAUUUUCAUUUUUUGUGUAUAAUCGUAUGGGAUUCGGUGCAGAAGAUAGGGAUAUGUUUGUAGAUUUGCUAUUGCCUAUCAUUUUUUGAUCUUUCAACAAGUAGGAUGGGAAGGGGAUCAAAAUCUUGAAUUGCAAAGGUUCUUAAAAGGUUGAAAUUGAUUCAAAUUUUCUAAGCCAAACCAAAAUUUAAUGUUAGGUUGGUGUGA